AUGAAACCACCUUCCACUUCCACUCCUCAAGCCUCAAGUUCUAGUGCUAUUCCUUCACAACCUCUACCCAAUCCCAAGGGUGGCAUCAAUGCCAUUUUCUUGAGAUUCGGAACACAAUUACAAGAAAGAAAGCAAAAGGAACCAAGUCCUAUAAUAGUAACUCAAGAUGAGGAGGGAAUUGAGAUAGAAGAAGUUGAAGAGGAAGAAGAGGCACAAGUGGUAGUUGAGGAUGAAAUCUCCCAACCGACAAAUGAAGUCUACAAACAUGAAAAGGCCUUGGAAGAAGAAAUUGCUCAACCAAUCCCAUUUCCAACAUUAGCAAGGAAAGCUAGGAAGCGUGUAGAACUAGACCCCAAAAUGGUGGAGAUGUUCGAGAAAGUUGAGGUAACUAUUCCUCUCUUUGAUGCUAUCCAUCAAGUACCUAAGUAUGCAAAAUUUCUCAAGGAUUUAUGUAUGAAUAAAGAUAGAAUCCAUGAGUUAGAAACUAUUCCAUUGGGGAGUUCUAUUUCAGCUUUGAUGGGAGCAUUGCCCGAAAAGUGUGUUGAUCUGGGCCCAUGCAUUGUUACUUGUACCGUAGAUGGAGUUCAAUUCCUUAAUUGUAUGUGUGAUCUCGGUACAUGCGUUAGUAUUAUGCCUCUUACUGUUUAUCGUUUAUUGAAGCUACCACCAUUGAGGCGGUCGGCGGCUAGGUUUGUCUUAGCGGAUAAGAGCAUAAUAACCGUGACGGGUGUGACGGAAGACGUAUUGGUGAACACAAAAGGGUUGGUGUUUCCAAUCGAUUUUUACGUCCUUGAGAUGCCAUCAAAUGGAGCCAAGAGGACAUCAUCUAUCCUACUUGGGAGGCCGUUUUUAAGGACCUCUAGAUUCAAGGUGGAUGCCCAUUUGGGAACCUACUCAUUUGAGAUAGAUGGGAGAGUCAUGAGUUUUAGCUUAGAAAAAGCCAUGAAGCACCCACCGGAGAACCAUUCCAUAUUCCGGUGUGACCUAAUUGACAACAUUGUGGCCGAAGUGCAUUAUGCAAAGUUAGAUAAGAAGUAUAUAAUUGAAGAAGUAAGUGAAGACCCAAGUGAAGUGAACACAUUACCCCAUCCGAAUCCUCUGGAAGUUCAAGUGUCAAGUCAAGACCAAAAGCUAGAAUUGAAGCCACUACCGUCCCACCUAAAUUACUCAUACAUUGAUGAAGCCCAUAAGUUCCCGGUAAUUGUUGCAAAGGAACUCACUCCUCCACAAGAAGAAAAGUUGCUAUAUGUUUUGAGGAAGAAUAAAAGGGUAAUAGGAUGGAGCUUGGCGGAUCUAGUGGGAAUAAGCUCCCAAGUAUGCGAGCACCGAAUAUUCCUAGAGGAAGGAGCUAGACCCGUUCGACAACCUCAAAGGCGACUAAAUCCUACCAUUCUAGAGGUUUGA